AUAUUCUUCUUCCUUAUCCAUCUUUGAUUCUCCCUCUCUCCCGAGCCAAUCUUCUUCCUUUUAGCCAACAGCCAUCGCCGAUCAUCUUCUUCUCCUUCUUCGGUUCGAUAUGAUCUCAUCAUCUCCAACUCCCGCCUUCCACGUCAAACCCACCUUCCAAACCAUUCCCGUGGCCCACCAUGACCCACGCCGGCGAGUGAGCAUCGGAACCGGAGAGAGGAAAGCCAGAUCUACCAACCAGCGAUGGAGGUGAGGUGCAAGCGAAGCCCCGGCGACUCGGCGAAAUAUCAAUCGUCAUCCAACUGAAACAGAUCU